GACUCAUGACAUGGGCAAGUCAGAACUUGAUAGAAGAAAAAAACAGAUGCAAAAAGGGAAGAGUUUUCUGUGCUAAGUGACCUAUAGAAUCGCCAGAAUGAGGAAACAAAUGGUGUUGUUCAAUGAAUGUGCUCGCCUGUCCCAUUAGGAGCUAAACAAAACAGACUUGCGAUGCUGUUGGAGGUUAUCCUGUAAAACUAUACCAGGAAGAUUCCAAGACAGACAUUGGGCUGGGGGGCACGAGUGUCUACCUCAAUAAAGGGCGUGGCUGUCACAUAGUGCUGGAGCUUACAGUAAUGAGAAAGGGCUGCAUGGUGCAUUGUUAAUAGCAGUGUGUACAAUGGCAUCUCAGGCUGACCGGCUAACUACAGCUGCAGCCACAGGGAAUGUGCAGCUAGUGAGGAACCUGCUGGAGAAUGGAGCAAAUCCCAAUGGCACCAACUCACAAGGCAGGACACCAAUACAAGUAAUGAUGAUGGGAAGCCCUAAGAUAGCUGAGCUGCUUAUUGCGCAUGGUGCCAAACCUGACACUCCAGACCCAACCACUGGCAAUUGCCCAGCCCAUGAUGCUGCCAGAGAAGGAUUUCUCGACACAUUGUUGGUACUAUAUAAGGGAGGGGCAAGUCUUCAGGGCCCCCGGAAUAACUGGGGACAGCGACCUCUAGACCUGGCUCCACCUACAGUAAUCCAAGAACUGACAUUUUUGAAGAUUAUAAAAUAAAUCCGACAAAUUACCAAUUGUGAUGCUGCUGCUUCUUCCUGGAUUUUCUUGUUUGCUCCCCAAGACCGUAAUUUAUUGUAUUUUAACCACGAUUGUUGUAUAAUAGCGCAAUACAGAAGAAUACCUCUUAUCAAAUUGUUGAAUUAAAAAGGCUGCUAUUAACAAAAGUGUAUCCCUCUUAAAAAUAAUACUUGGGGUUUUGAUUGCAUUGGUUAUAAAUUAAAAAUGCAGCUAUUUUUACAACCAAAUUCGCAUGGUCUUUGGACUGUGUAUAUGAAGUCAGUUAAUAAAAUUAUUUUUUAAAAAGACCCCCUAGUUAAUUGGUUCAAUUUGGCAUUUUCUCAAUCAGUUAACAUUUAAUUUGCUAAUUUUUAAACCACAGUUAGAGCAGACUUUGAGCAAACAGAGUUCCCAGACAAAAAAAGGAAACUGGACGGACAUAAAAGGACAGUAAAGUCAGAAUUAUACUUUCAGAAUUCAGAUACAGCGUGCAAUUUAUAACAACAGUCCACAUUGCUUUUGGUAUCUAAUUUUCUUUAUUAUCUUGGUACCCUUUGUUGAAAACCAUACCUAGGUAAGUUUAGCAGCUGCCAUAUGCUACCUGACGAUUGGUGGCUGCAAAUAAUUGGCUCUUUUUAAUGGCUCACUUGAUGUGUUCAGCUUACUCAACAAAGGAUACCAAGCCAAUUAGGCAAAUUUAAUAAUAGAAGUAAACUGAAAAGUUGUUGAAAUUGUAUUUUCUAUGAGAAUCAUGAAAGAAAAAAAUGUGGAUUCAUAUCCCUUUAAUGUGUAACCCUACAGGCUUGGGAAUCUGUAUAUUUUGAGUGUUGACAGGAGAGAUGAUUAAUGUCAUAAUAUACAGUUUAUAAUGGUAAAUGAAAUAACUGUAUUAGGGGAAUUGGUUUUUCAAAUCAAUCUAGCGCAUUUACCGAUGUGUUUGAGUCGAAAAACUUGUGCUGCUAAUGUCUUAUUUUAUUUGUUUUUCUUCUAAUUUUUCUUUACUAUCGUUAUUUCCUUAAAUAAAUGUAUAUUGUGGGCAAUAAAUCAAACAAGUGAGCACAA